GAACGACUUCCCAACUUUGGUGCACCGCUACGGCCGUUUCUUCGACAACCUAGAAACCAACCAGCAGAAACGCAAUCAUGGCCGCUGUCCAGGGAGCUAUUUCGAAGCGCCGCAAGUUCGUCGCCGACGGUGUCUUCUAUGCCGAGUUGAACGAGUUCUUCCAGCGCGAGCUGGCUGAGGAGGGCUACUCUGGUGUUGAAGUCCGUGUCACUCCCACCGUCACCGACAUCAUCAUCCGUGCCACCCACACUCAGGAGGUUCUCGGUGAGCAGGGUCGCCGCAUCCGCGAGCUCACCUCCCUCAUCCAGAAGCGCUUCAAGUUCCCCGAGAACUCCGUCUCCCUCUAUGCCGCCAAGGUCCAGAACCGCGGUCUGUCCGCCGUCGCUCAGUGCGAGUCCCUCCGCUACAAGCUCCUCAACGGUCUGGCCGUCCGCAGAGCCUGCUACGGUGUCCUGAGAUUCAUCAUGGAGAGCGGUGCCAAGGGUUGUGAGGUUGUCGUUUCCGGAAAGCUGCGUGCUGCCCGUGCCAAGUCCAUGAAGUUUACGGACGGUUUCAUGAUCCACUCCGGUCAGCCCGCCAAAGAGUUCAUUGACAGCGCCACCCGUCACGUCCUUCUCCGCCAGGGUGUUCUUGGUAUCAAGGUCAAGAUCAUGCGCGGCUCCGACCCCGAGGGCAAGGCCGGUCCUCAGAAGACCCUCCCUGACUCCGUCACCAUCAUCGAGCCCAAGGAGGAGCAGCCCAUCCUGCAGCCCAUGAGCCAGGACUACGGUGCCAAGGCUCUCGCCGCUCAGCAGCUCGCCGAGCAGCAGCGACUUGCUGAGCAGCAGGCCGCUGAAGGCCAGGAGGGUGCCGGUGCGGAGGCUUACGCCCAGGAGUAAUCUGGUUUCUUUUCUCUAAAAUAGGCCGUGCUCUUCUUUUCUUCGUUCCUGUCGUCCUACCUACCUACCUACUUCCAACCUCACGCAAUAAAGAACACUACAUGAACUUCAGUUGUCUCCCCUUCCGACAAUAUUGUUCGCAGCUGCCCGGAGAAUCUCUCUUGGGCUUACAGCUCUCUCCUAGAUCCCUAGUGAAAGACCUAGGUAGGAUACCAAAAGUGAUGCUUGAAAUGAAAUGAGAUUGCGGAACGGGG